AUGUGUAGUGCGAUUUUGAGUGCUCGACCCACAGAUGCUGCCAUGUCUCCCACCGCCCUCGGCGGAGAUCUACCUCAGUGGUGUGGCAAAACUGAAAACUGCCCACAAGCUCUUCUAGGCUGGCUUUACUUGACCCACGACCAAAACGACCAGUGGGUACCGGGCUCAGUAUGGGGACCGUUACCAACCGCAGCGACCGGAUCCACCCAACAGGCAGACGAUACGAGCUCUCUGGCAGAACAACUCGCAGCACUAUCUCUGCGCCGCCCCCCGCGACCGCCACCCCCGGCAUACAUGUGCCACUUGUGCUUCAAGAAAGGACACUACAUUGGAGACUGUCCACAGGCACGGCCGAAAGGCGAAGGUUUGACGCCAUACCAAGGCAAGAAACGAUGUUUCGGCGAAUAUAAAUGCCCAAAGUGCAAGCGUAAGUGGAUGAGUGGUAACUCCUGGGCUAACAAUGGUCAGGAAUGCAUAAAGUGUCGCAUCAACGUGUUCCCACACAAACAGAGACCGCUCGAAAAACCUGAUGGGUUGGACGUUAGUGAUCAAUCAAAGAUUCACCCGCAGCAUCUGUGCCAGAAAUGUCGCUCUCUCGGCUAUUAUUGCCGACGCGAAUAU